AUGCGCAAAGUCGUAACAGAGUCUGACGAUGAUUGGGAGGAAUGCGAUGACGAGAAUCCCUCAAUUAUGAAGAUACGCGACCCGUUAUGCCCCGCCGAAAGCAAAACAUUGACCACGAAAGAGCUGCACAAGGUUGGUACUAAGGACCCUCUCCCCGUCUAUCGUCCGGUAAUUGGGGUGAAAGACGUGGUAUGGCCGGAGAAUAAGCAGAUCCGCCUCAUCGACUCGAUAUUCCGUAACUUCUACAUACCUCCAAUCGUCUUCACCGUUUCGAAGGACCAGGACGGCGAGGACGUCUGCACUUGCGUCGAUGGUAAACAGCGCCUAACGUCUAUCCAGAAGUUCAUUGACGGUCAGAUACCACACCGGGAUCCUGUGACGGGCAAGAGUUUCUGGUACACUAUCCCUGAGAGUCUGCGCUCGUCGCGGCUCGAGGUGCCUGCCCACUACAAACGUCUCUUUGAAUCGAAGCCAAUCGCAUGCGCGGAGUAUCAUAAUCUUCAGCCAACGACUGAACGUGAAAUCUUCCAGAGGGUGCAGCUGGGCAUGGCACUCACAGUAGCGGAAAAGAUGCAGGCCAUCUCCUCCCCACGGGCGACAUGGAUCGCCGAUAUGCAAGAAAAGUGGGUCCUGGACGACCACAACGGCCUGGCGGACAUCCUCGACUGGGACACCAAGCGCGGGCGCAUCUUCCAGAACCUCGCGCAGCUCAUCUUCCUCUGCGAAAACUGGCCCACGCAGUCUGUGCCGUCCUCGAAGAAGAUCGAGGUCUGGCUAGACGGCGGCGACCCAGUACGCGAGGAAUUCAAGCAGCGUAUCGAGAAAACGAUGGAGACAAUGGUGCACAUUGCGAGUCAUAAGUCACUAGCUAAGGGCUUCAGGCAGCUGAAGGAACGUGUAGCGCCUAUUGAGUUCGUUUUCAUCGGAGUGAUGCUCUUCCUCAUCCCUCAUGCAUCGCCCGAGCAAACCGCUGAUAACAUAUACGAUUUGCGAACGUUCCUCCGCAGGAAGUUCCAGGACGUGAGGAACAACGCUCCGAUAGUCAAAGCUCUAUGGAAUUGGAUUGACCAGAAAAUGGCCGAAGACGACGAUGAAGUGCAAAUCGUCGAGGACUCACUCUUGCCAUCGGGUCGGCCCCGGAGGUCGGCCGCCGGAAGAAAGAGGAAAUCUCUGGUCGAGUCUGACGAGGGGAUGGAUGAGGAGGACAGUGACUUUACCAGCAGUAAAGCAAAGCAUACGAAAACAUCCAAGAGGGUCGCCGCUGGCGGCCAGAAAGGUCGCCUAGGUAGGAAAUGAGGGGUAUUCACUGUUGGGCUGUCUAACUGUUGUCGAGCUGUGUACCGGAUCUGUCUUGCAUGUACAUUAGUAGUCUGCUGUG